CUCGUCUUGCAUCAUGGCCUGGCGGAACAUUGCGGCCGCUAUGACAAAGUGUGCAGAAUGAUGGCCGAGCAAGGCAUAGCUGUCCACACAUAUGACGCUCACGGACACGGCAAGUCGGAGCCGCUGGAGGCCGGCUGUCGGGCCCUUGUCGACCGCUAUACACACCUGGCCCACCCGGUGCUACAUGCCGCCCGGCGGGUCCCCGUGUUCCUGUUGGGUCACAGCAUGGGGGGCCUGGUGGCGGCGCUGAUAUGCCUACGGCGUCAGGACCAGCUGGCGGGCCUUAUGAUGCACUCACCGGCGCUGGACGUAGAAUGGACACCAGUGCUCAGGGUGCAAGCCGCGGUGGGCAGUUUGCUGUCGCUGCUCAUCCCCCGUGCCCGCGUGGUCCCCGCGGUACGUCCCGAGGACCUGAGCCCCGACCCUGUCCUGGUGGCCGAGUACGUGAACGAUCCGCUCAACACGGUGGGGCCAGUGCGUGCUCGCACCGCCAACGAGCUGCUGAGGGGCUUUGCGGAGGUGUGCUGCCGCGCCCCAGAGCUGCGACUGCCGGUGUACGUAUGCCACGGCACGCGCGAUGCAAUUACCAGCGCCGCCGCGUCGCGCCGGUUCGCGGAGGGUCCUGGCGGGGUUUCCAGCGUGGACCGUGUAUUUCGGAGCGUGGAAGGGGGUUACCACGAGUUGCUGCACGGGCCCGGGUGGGAGGAAAGCGUGGAGGCCCUAGUGAUGUGGAUGCGGGAACAU